AUGCCUGUUCAGCUUUCUGACUUAUGGGAUAGAUUCCGGUUAGCCAUUAAGAACUUAAAUCUGUUUCCAUCGAUUCCUCCAACACCAGACCAACACCAACUUCGAAAUCAACUCAUUUCAACACGAUUAUUCAUUAUUCUGCUCACUCUCUCGUUAACUAUUCUUCUUCUCUACAACUCAUUAAUUACUAUUACACAGACAAACACAGUUACUUUUCCGACAAUCACAACAUAUUUACAGUUGUACUCUGAAUAUCCUCAAUCAUUAUCUUGUGAUUGCAAACAAAUCUCCAUCAAUCAUGAUAAAUUUCUUCACAUCACUUACACCUUUCACGAGAUCUGUAAUAGUGUAUUUAUCACUCAAGAUUGGUUCGAUCACCUAUAUCGUACAUUUUCAACCAUGUAUUUAUACAGUGAUGACUUCAGAACUGUCAGUGUAUUCUUUUUUCAGACGUUGCCGAUAUUUUGUGAUUUAAGCAGUGAAACAAUCGAAAAUCGUUUGAGAGAAUUCUAUUCGAGUCAAUUUGUGAGCGCAUCUCUCCUUCCUUCAGAACUAUUCUACCUUGAAAUUGAAUCACUCAUUACUCAAUUCAUCUCAACAACAACUAACACAUUUUUAUUAUCAUUGUCAUCAAUUCGACAAAUGACGCAGAGCAAUCUUUUACUUUCUGCUGAACAAACAAACGCUUAUCCUUACACGUAUACCUAUGAUUCUGUAUGGUUUUUUACAAAAUUGUAUGAUAAUUGUAACUGCAAAAUGUCUGCUCAAUGUGUAGUGAUAUCCCCAAUCUUCAAUGGUUUAGAUCGUACAGUCAUACUAUAUACUGUACCUGGUAUAUAUACCGGAUGUUAUAUCAUUGAAACAUUACUGAAGUCAGAUCUCCGAUGUUUCUACAGUCAAACAUGUAUAAAUAAAGUCCUAUCAUACUUUAUUGGAGCUGCACCAAUGAAUGUUUCAGCUCUUGAUGCAUCUCUUCUAGUUAAGUUUAUGGUGAAUUCAACAUUAGAAGAUGUCACCAAUAAUUUAAUGUGA